CCCAAGAACCAAAGCAUGGCGAUGCACUGAACACUCGGACGAAUGAUGUGUAGGUAUACCGACCUCCACACAAGUAGCCUACUGUAAACAUUAUCACCGGGCUCUGAUGAGACUCAUUAGACAGUAGCCUACGGAUUAUCAAUCAGAAAUUAAUCCCGUUUCUUGUAUCGGUUCCAACUGAGCUGCCACAGUUUGUUUUGCUCUGAGUGUGCAACAGAGGGCUUUAUUUUUCUCCCACAGAGGUGAGCGGGGGUGGAGGGGAAGAGAGGGGCAGUUCUUCUCUCCACAGAGACACACACGCGCGCCUCGCAAUUGCCUCUCCUAACUAGAACGUGCGCGGGCAACACAAGAAGGUUCUCGCUCACUUCUUUAGCUUGUUCACUCAUGUGCUGCACACCCCCCUGCGCCUGCUGCCAGAGCGGAGGCUGUGACUGGCGCUUCGGCUGCAUUGCAUUCCCGGGCUGAGGACAGGAGGUAGUGGCUCGCGCCGCGCUGGCUCCUGGGGAGAGGAUAGUCAGUACGCGCCGGCGGGAUCUCGGAUGAACACGGGCGUCCGUCGUUCUUCAUUCCGCGCCCCCCUGACAGUCAGUCGUCAGCACUGCCUGCACUCAUGACUUUACAGACUCUCCUGAUCUAUGGGCUCGGAAUUACGCUGGCACUGGUGGCGUUGUUCACCUCACAAGCACAUGGUCUGCAAUGCUAUGGCUGCAACAUCAUCCACGGGCAGCGGUACGUGGACAUUGGCUGCGCCAACCCAGAAGUUAUCACCUGCACACACUCCCACAAGGGCUUCAAGCACCGCUUCUGCAUCAAGACAGAGAGCACGGCGCUUGGCAUCGUCCUGACAAGCGGCUGUGCUACAUCUCGACACUGUCAGCAACAGGAGCUGCCUGGGGUUCGGAUCCAUUGCUGCGAUUCGGAUCUGUGCAACAGCUCCUCCUGCUGGCGAGCAAAUGGACUACAUUAUGUCUGUGCGAUACUCAGCUUGCUGCUGUUAUGGCUGCGGUUAUAAUGUGAUGCCUGAAAAUAUGGACUUGACAUUACGUCAUUUCUUUGUGUUGCACCAAGCAGAAGUUUGUUCGAAAUUUUAAGAUGACGAUAAUGACUUGCAUGACCUAUUCAAGGUGUUUUUUUUUUCACAAAAUAAUUUAGAUACAGUUGAUUGUGAUAAAUGCAGUGAUAAAAUUCAAAGGAUAGGUUAUAUUAUUACAACUAUUACCACCAGUUAAUUUCAGUCAUUUCAUAUGUUAAUAGUCAUAGUUUGUUUCCAGAGAAUAACACCCAAGAGCCUAUGAGCGCUCCAAAUGUAAAUAUUCUGUAUCAAAGAGUAUUGAUUUUCUUGAAGACUUUAUUUAUUAUCUAUUUAUUUAUUUUAUUAUUUUGUAUAUAUUGACCAUCAAUUGCACUUCAUUGUUAAAGACAUACAUCGCAAAAGAUGUAGUGCUUUGUUUAAUGGCAAACUCUUGAGUCAGUGUGGGUUCUCAUUGGGCACAUUCUUGUUUUGUUACAGUAUGCUUACUGCAGAGCAAGUGCUGGAGAUGUAUGACUUUGCAUGUGUUUUAUUUGUAAUGACCAGAGUUUAUAUGUCAACACAGUGCAGUGAGGUGAUAUUUUACUAAGUGUAUUAAAGGAUUUUAAAAGUAA